AUCACAGUGCAUGUGUCCCCACUGUGGGGGCCGCGCCUCCCAUCUUUACCAGGCCAAGCAAGAGCACCAUCCGUCUCUACCUGCACUUUCCCGUCGGGCCCUGGGGACCUACAAGCAGAGGGGGGAACCAGAAACUCCAGCCAGGAGAAUCAGCACCCUCAAAGGAAAAGCUCGGGAUGCUAAGAUGCCAGAUCUUCAGGAUAUCUCCAAUGCUAUAUCAGAGUUACAGUCUGAAGCCAUCACUGAUAUUGGUUUGCUGGCAUCCAAGAAAGAGCCUCCAGCAGAUUACAAUGUCAUUGCACAAACAACAGAUGGCUUCGACGGCAACCUGUGGAAGGACAGCAUAUUCAAAUCCAAGGUCACGCGCUACCUCUGCUUCACCAAAAAUAAGCAAUUAUGCAACGUGGUCGUGGACAUGAAGUUGAUGGACCUGAAGGAAUGUCUGCCCGAGGGCUUCACUUCAAUUCAAGACACCAUGGAUAGCCAUGAACAAGCUUUAAGGAAGGAAAGAUUGUGUGUGAAGUUGGUCCCCAGACACACUACUGAAACAGCUAUAUGUGAUGUUAUCAUACAGGGAAAAUCCAAACACGGUCUUGCUAAUUACACCUACAUAGGAGAGCUGAAUGGUUUGGGGAUUUGGUGUCAGCUGGGAAAAAUCACAAAGUUGCAGGACGCAGCAAACAAGACCUUGCCCGCCUCUACAACCACUUGUAAUGUUGGCAGACAGGUUUCUGAGUCUCCGGCCUCCAGUCCUACCAAAAAGAACCUAGUCAGGCCAGAUUAUGAACACCACAUCAACAACAUCUACACCAAAUCAGCCAUGGAUGAUAUACCUUUUACGAUCUCAAAUAAACAUGUUUCCACAACCAGAGAUGAAAUACAGCCUAUCAAUUUAAUGGGCAUUACCAUCAAGUCACCCCAAGAGAUCGAGGAGGAAUACAAUUAUUCUUUCUACACUGAACACAGUUCUGCAGCCUUCUGAUGGACUCAGUCUGACAUCAUCCAUGUGAAAUCAGGCAGUUUUAUGUCAUCUAACCAACAAUCUGAAUUACUGUCUAUGUAUACGUUAACAUGAAAUCAAAAU